GAAAUCUGUUUAUCACAGCUGACUCCAGAAGAGAGAACCUAACAGACCAAUAACAAUGGAAGAAAUUGAGAAACUUAUCAAAAAACUACCAUCUCCCAAAACACCAGGCCCAGAUGGUGUUACAGGUUAGAAAAAAUCCUUCAUGAAGAAAAAAGAUCUUAAGCAACAUGGUGGAUUCAGAAGCUCAUGAAAAGAGGCCGCCACUCCUGACAUCUUCAAAACAGGAUAUAUCACCUCGUAUUGCAGAUGUUGGUGAGAUGAAGCAUUACUUGUGUGGCUGCUGUGCGGCUUUCAACAACAUUGCCAUCACCUUUCCCAUUCAGAAGGUCCUCUUCCGGCAACAGCUGUAUGGAAUCAGAACGCGGGAUGCAGUCCUGCAGUUGAGGAGGGAUGGAUUUCGAAACUUGUAUCGCGGAAUCCUUCCCCCCUUAAUGCAGAAGACAACCACACUGGCCCUUAUGUUUGGUCUGUAUGAGGAUUUAUCUUGCGUUCUCCGUAAGCAUGUCAGUACCCCAGAGUUUGCAACCCGCAGCAUGGCAGCAAUACUGGCAGGGACAACAGAAGCGAUUUUCACUCCAUUGGAAAGAGUUCAAACAUUGCUUCAGGACCACAAGCAUCAUGACAAAUUUACAAACACCUAUCAUGCUUUCAAGGCACUGAAAUGCCACGGAAUGAGAGAGUAUUAUCGAGGCUUGGUGCCCAUCCUGUUCCGUAAUGGAUUCAGCAAUGUCCUUUUUUUUGGCCUUCGAGGGCCCAUCAAGGAACAUCUGCCGACCGCCACGACUCACAGUGCUCACUUGGUCAAUGAUUUUAUCUGUGGAGGUCUGUUGGGUGCCGUGUUGGGGAUCUUGUUUUUCCCAGUUAAUGUUGUAAAAACUCGCAUGCAGUCUCAGAUUGGUGGGGAAUUCCAGUCUUUCCCCAAAGUUUUCCAAAAAAUCUGGCUAGAACGGGACAGGAAACUGACGAAUCUUUUCAGAGGUGCCCAUCUGAAUUACCAUCGGUCCCUCAUCUCUUGGGGCAUAAUCAAUGCGACUUACGAGUUCUUGUUAAAGAUUAUAUGAACGAAGUCACUUAAGUGCCAUUUAUCAACUGAAUAGACCUAAGAAGAGUGCAGUUUGGCCUCAUUCCUAAUUGGCCGAUACAAGUUGGUGUCAUAAGUCCAGGGCACAGUGAAUUAUGGGCAAAGCUGUUUUCCUUAAGCCCCAACAAAUUCGGAAUAAAAGGUUUCAGUAGGAAAAUUUGAGGAAUUUUGUUUUUUGGUUUUUUUUAUUGUUAUCUGAGAACUUUCGGCUAAUUGCUUGGUUAAUAGCUGUCUAUCUGAUGGCUUUUGACAAGGAAACUAAUAGCCAAGAUACCGUUUUUCCUGCAAAAGUCUUUAAACCUUCUGGAUUGAAAUGUAAGGGCCAUGACCAGCCAGAGAAAAGGCUGUCAGGGCCCCGUGAAUUCUCAGGCUGACUUCUGUUACUCCAUCUCUGG